UUAUGUAGCGCAUCAAACACAAAGUUGAUGUUACUGUACGGCAGGGCAUCCCUUGCAUCCUUCCCUACCGUUGGAUCUGAAGACGGAGCAACGAGCAGCGGUGCCGACAGGGACGCCCUACCGGCCGCUAUAAAGGCUCCCCGCGAGGCUGGCGGACAGCCCUGCUGAGUCUCUCACCUGCUGGCGGAGGCGGCCCCCAAAAGCCAAAUUCCCCAACCCACACCACCUCCACACUCCAGGUUAGGGUUUGCUGUCGGCGAUGUCGGAUCGGCAGCCGUCGGAGGAGCCGGAGGAGCAGGUGGACCUGGAGGGGGACGACGACGGCAUGGACGACGACGACGCCGGGUACCGUCGCCGCGGAAGCCGGGACGACUCGGAGGAGCCCGAGGAGGAUGACGACAAUGACGAGCGCCACGGCGACGCCGACGACGACGCCGGGAUGGAGCCGGAGCCGGCCGGAAGUAAAGGCGGGGAUGACACGGGCAAGGGGCCCGACGUCGCCGGUGGCGGGCCCGAGGACGAGGAGGAGAGGAGCAAGUGGGAUGACAUGCUCGCCCUGCCGCCCCAUGGCUCUGAGGUCUUCAUUGGUGGCCUGCCCCGCGACAUCACGGAGGAGGACCUCCGUGAGCUGUGCGAGCCGUUGGGAGAAAUAUAUGAGGUGAGGUUGACCAAGGAUAAGGACACAAAGGAGAACAAGGGGUUCGCCUUUGUCACCUUCAUGGACAAGGAGGCUGCGCAGCGCGCCAUCGAGGAUGUGCAAGACAGGGAGUUCAAGGGGAGGACUUUGCGGUGCUCUCUGUCGCAGGCAAAGCACAGGCUGUUUGUUGGGAAUGUGCCCAAGGGGCUGAGCGAGGAGGAGCUUACCAACACUAUCAAGGGGAAGGGUCCAGGUGUUAUCAACAUUGAGAUGUUUAAGGAUCAGCAUGACCCAAACCGUAACCGUGGCUUCCUCUUUGUUGAGUAUUACAACCAUGCCUGCGCAGACUAUGCCAGGCAGAAACUUUCAUCUCCAAACUUCAAGGUUGAUGGGAGCCAGUUGACUGUUAGUUGGGCUGAACCUAAGGGUUCAACAGAUGCUUCAUCUGCAGCUGCUCAGGUGAAGACUAUAUAUGUGAAGAACCUACCUGAAAAUGUUUCUAAAGAGAAGAUAAAGGACCUGUUUGACAAACAUGGAGAGGUCACAAAAAUCGUUCUGCCUCCUGCCAAGGCUGGUCAUAAGAGAGACUUUGGCUUUGUUCACUUUGCAGAAAGAUCAAGUGCAUUGAAGGCAGUUAAAGGAAGUGAAAAAUAUGAAAUCGAUGGUCAAGUACUGGAAGUGUCCAUGGCCAAACCAUUGGCAGAUAAGAAACCUGAUCAUUCACACAGGCCUGGAGGAGGCCCUAAUUAUCCCCUUCCUCCCUAUGGUGGUGGUGGCUACAUGGGAGAUCCAUAUGGUGCUUAUGGUGGCGGCGGUCCUGCAUACAACCAGCCAAUGAUAUAUGGCAGAGGACCAGCACCGGCAGGAAUGAGGAUGGUGCCGAUGGUGCUUCCUGAUGGCCGCCUUGGCUAUGUCCUGCAACAACCUGGUGGAAUGCCGCCUCCGCCCCCACCGCGGAGGGGUAGUGACCGAAGAGACAGUGGCAGAGGUGGCGAAGGGCACAGCCGGCGAUAUCGCCCUUACUAGCUUUUCCCUUAUGGGCUCUACUCCCAUCAUGUGGUAUGAAGCGUUUAACUUAUGAGACGAGAUAGGAGCCUGUGUUCUUGUCCCAGUAUAAGAUCUGCGAUGGCACGAUGCUUGUACCAUCUGUUUACUUAUUUUUAUCAUGCAGUGCAUGUGACUUGAAACUGUGAUGGACUUGUAUUGCUUUCUGCCUUAUGGCACCUGUAGUAGUGAACUGAUGAAGGAAGUUCAUGCGGACUCUGAAGCUUUGUUGGCUUAGAAUGGUAAUUUUGCUGUAUUCUAUUUCACAGGAGAUAA